GAAGGUAGGGCGGAUGGUACAACCGCGACCUUGAAUUGUAUGUGUUCGUCAUAAGCUUCGAUGGUAUUGUGCACGCUGACAGAUCAGAUCACUAGGAUUCCAUAUGGAUUAAGGACUGGCUGGGUAAACCGAAAAAUGAGUAACAGGAGCAGCGGCAGGCAAAAUUCUAAACAGGAGCAUGGAAAUACUACGCAGAAGUGCAUCCACCAUGACACAUGUGGAUGAGUUCAUUGUACUGACUACAAGAGUUACUUAAAGGGGUAUCCAAAACCUACUGUUCAGAGGUAAACUUAUGGGGAAUAAAAUGAAGGUGCAUACGAAAGUGGUGGAAACUAAGCUGAAGCCGAAGAUAUUGCCAUGGAAUAGACAGAAUAGAGGAUUUUGAACCAGAUGUUCGCUUAUGUGUAGGAAACCUGUGUACAAAAGUUUAAUGAAGUUAUAAACAUUUAAAUAAAACUCAUGCGUUAAUGUGCUCAUUCAAGUUUACCCGCUCCACCUACCCACCAAUGUGACUGAAAUAAACGCAUUGUGCUACUAUCACUGCUCUCUUGCUUGCAACGUUGUGGCUGUAUAAAGUAUAUAGUUCUAGGGGGUAACCGUGAGCGCUGGGUUCAACUAGUAAGAGCUAAGUAACUAUGCCAUUGCCAGUAUCCAUGGGGACAACCUCGGUCUCGACCUUUUGGGGUCCAACACAACGGCCGUAAUUACAAGGGAAUAACGCCGAAAGGAAACGCCUCCCAAACUUCAACUGGGCAAGUAGCUUACUGCUUUGAGGCCAAAUCUUUCCCAACGGUCUUCAUAGUAUACUUUGGAGUGAAUUUUUAGGUGAUACGCUUGGUAGUGCCUCAAAUGGUCAAAAUGCAGGAAGCUAUCCGAAAACGUAUGCGGAACGGGAAGGAAAUCAACUGCGGAAACGAACUGGAAAGCAUUUUGAUGGACCAAAGCCCCUGAUCUGUCUACUUUGAGCUGUUAGAAAGCGGGAGAUCUUCAUUACGGGCUGUGAGAUCAUGCACCGAGUAAGUCAUGUGAGCAAGGAUGACUUGCUAGCAACGUGCUGAUCACUAUAAGGCCAUUUCACUAGGAUUACAGAUUAUGGAGGCAAAGCCAGGCACGGCGAAAGCUUCUCUUCCUUAAGAGGGUGUGACUUACGGAGCGCUAUACGUGUGACGCAGCUACGGUACCUCUAGUAACACCUUCACAAAAACGGUUGAACAAGCACACCAAAUCCCCUAAUCUACCAGCAACGUGUGAAAAGCAUUACUGACUCUAUUACAGACCCAGGAUAUCCUGUCUACCUCUUCGUCAUCAUAUUAUUGUCAUUUUGUUUAUCCGUUACAGCUUGUUUUGGCUUAUCCAGUCUAUCCUCCAACUCUUCCCCGUUAAAUAUGCUAACCACUUUCUUUGACUAGUCUUUGUGUACUUAACUUAUCCUCAGUCUUUUAUUCCCACUCAAAUGGGUUCAGAAAUUUAGUAGUGAUAGUAAUGAUAUAUUUCAUACAAUAGGCCAUAUAAAAACAAACUAGUUUACAGGUAUGAUCACUGUCAAUAUGAGCUAAUCUUUAAGUACAGUAACAAUCAAUGCAUCAGGCAUCGUUAUUCAGUUGGGUAUAAUGUAAAUGAUUAAAUUACCACCUUCGCCAUUGUGUAAGUUAUAAACAUUCGUUGUACAUCAUAAGUUACGCUAAAGUAAACCAGUUUGCAGAUACGGUAAGUUCGGUAAUAUGGAUUUACUGUUAUUACCGAUAAAACUCAAUACAUUAGAAAUCAUUACGUGAGGCACAUAAGAGAUGAGUUUAAAGAAAGAACGUUAAUAUUUGCAAACAACAGAAAUAAAAUUGCCAAAUAUAAACACAGUUUUUUGGCAGAUUAAAACGAGUUUGGGAAUUAUAUAGCCAUUUUUUGAACCAUCGAAUAUCCUGAAGGUAGGUAUGUGAACAAGACACUUAAAAUGAAUAAUUGUCCAGUAAAGUUCAUUUGUGAAAUAGAAAAUAACAUUUAAUUAGACUGUGGAGCUACUUCCAAUAGUCAUCACUUAAAGAUUACACACCGACUGAAAUGGGGAUAGUGCUAUAAAACACAAUAUCGGGCUGCUCUGCAGAACAUUAAACACAUCGCGGAGCACCUCAACUCGUUUAAAGGGCGAGAUUUCCGUAGAUUUGCAACUUACUAGCGUCUAUAAAAUAAAAUGCUGGGACUGCGAUGCAAUAUACACAGGAAAAACUCCCCGCGAAAUCAAAAUUAGAAAAAAUAAACAUCGAAGAGCUUUCACCCAACCCCCCCAGAGAUCCAGUGAAACUGAAAAAUUUGAAAACAAAUUGGUAAUAGCUCCACACGCAAGGCCAGUUUUGGCAGUAUAGAAAUUAAUCAGGAAGGUUCUAGAAAUUAUAAAGAACGUCUCAUUGUGCAAUCAAAAUUUUAUCAACCCGCCUCUACGUACUGACGUAACCGACGUACAUGUGACAUAUCUAUACAUAGAAACCUCAAUCUUUAAUUCAUGCACUCUUCACGCACAACACUACCUAUGGGUGUCAUUUUCAUCCGACAGUUCUGGCAAGGCAGAACCACUUAUUCAGAACGCUUGGCAAACUAUUAUUUAUAAUCUCCGAUAUAGUAAAUUUCGGUUUAUUAUCCUUUUGAAAAGGCUAUUGGCACCACAAAGCUAGGCGUCAGUUGAGACGAAUUAUUUUGUUUUACAUUCAUUGGGGAAUACGAAAACAAAAGUAGUGAAUAUUAAUUACCUGAUGCCAGAAUUAUUUCAAGCCACCAAAUUUCAGGUUGGAUUGGAUAUCUAUAAAUAUUAGUUUCCUAAACUAGCGUUACUGGUGUUGAACAGGUGUCUGAUCUGUUUCUAACGCAUGGGAACCGACUUAUGCCUUAAGAAGAAGCGCUCCCCUGUUUCCUGAACUAGCACUUUUAGCGAACCCCAAUGGUUCAGGUUUCACCUGCUUUAUCGGCUUCUUAUUGUCUUCUUUCGGGGCUAGUUUUGGGAUUUUGUUUCAUUUUUUGGACCAUUUUCAAUCAAUAAUGGUUAACCAGAAGAUAGCGUUGGUGGUUUUCCAUGCAACCUGGCACUCUACUGUACGAAUUGGAAGUUACAUUGGUCCGCAUAUCGUGGCACUUUAUUCCGACAUUCUGUGCGGUUUAGGCGAUCUCCCAUCUGUACGGAAGAAGAAAAAUUCCAAGCACAUAUUGCACCUUUUUCUCAGAAACUCAACCUCCUGAGGAUCAUACUCCUAUUAGAGAAGGCUAACGAAUACCACCUUCAGAGACACCCAUUUGGAUAAAGACAGCGGCACGAAAGAAACUACCGCUGAGAAACUGGAGGAACCAAAACGCGGAAUGACCUAAGGAGGGGUUAUUGUCUGUCACACUUUGUUUAGUCACGAACCAACGGUGUUAACUCCGAGGCAUUAUAGUUUCGCAACACAAUUUGCCUAAAAUAUGAAGAGACAUUGCUAGUGACUGUCAUAUUUGUUGCAUUGGUUACCGCUAAACCUUUUGUAACUGCUGUCUAUGUUACCUGUUUCUCAGUAUGUGCAUAUCGAAGCUAUUACUGCUAAUCAGAUGCAGAACAAAGUCUCCACCCUUAAGCGUUCGUAAUACAGCUGAAACUAGGAUGCGAGAAAGGUAAUACAAAAAACUUAAAAGGUAUUCUACGCUUAGAAUACCAAACUAUAUAGCCCCUCACUCCUCGUGUCUCCUUCAGAUACUCUAGUCUUCAAUAUCGUCUCCCCAAAUUCUAAGAUAACUAGCUCCCCUUCUCAUGUAUCUGUGUUUCUCUUUUUCAUCCGACAUCCAGGUUAUUAUGGUGGAUCGUAUCGACCUACACUGGGCGUCGAGAUACACUUCGGACAUCUAUUCAACACGAGAGAACUAUCAUCCUUAACCACGUCGAGAUGCAAAGUCACUAGGAGGUAGACAACUCACCCAAACUACAACCUCUCCAGAAUUCAUGGCUUCAACUGGGAGAGCAACUAGAAAUAUUGGUAAUGAAUGCUGUUUGCCUCUGAGCAUGCAGGCUCUUCCACUCCUGACAACCACUCAACCAGAAACGAAGCGAACCUGAAGUGACCUCAUGAAAUGCACCAACCUUGAAGGCCUAUUGAAUAGUUUCAGAUUGAAACCCUAUAUGUUCCCCACCGUGGUGUGGCAAUGGUAGCUGUAGAGAAUCACAUCUUUGGCUCAAUUUAUUCAACUGACCCUGUUUGCAACAUUAUAGGUGUAAACAAUUGCGACACUGCAUGACACCGUGCAACACCAGACCCAAAUCGCCCCCGCCGCCCUCCCAGUAUUUGACUUUAGUUUCGCUUGUCACCUGUAGAUGGCACAGGUUUGUCGAACACCGUCAUACCUUCAGCUCCAUUUGUUCUCAACAUUCGACAUGAAAUACACUCUUGACUCACUAUAGCAAAGAUACUUCUCAUACUGAGUGGUUAUACCCUCAUCAAUUUUCACCACUGUUGUUUAACGACAUCGCUUUUAUCCAAUACUUGUGACCAGUAAUAUCUAAACAAACGUUUACCCCGAAGACUCUGCAUGGUAUGAUGGUCUGUUUCUUUCUAAACUUUUUUAGCUUCAAUGGGUUAUUAACAUUUAGAGACCAUCUGUAAAAACGGCACGUGUUUGUGCAGUUCAUUACCCGAAAUAUAUACUAUUAUUAUGUGGUGUGAUGGCUGGCACCAUGAUUUCUGUACAGACAGGACCCAAGUACAGUACAUCACACUCAACAGAUCUGGGUGUAAGUGAUACCGUAGGCUGUUCAUGGUGUAGGUCGAGGAUAUCCUUGAGGAGUUCGCCAAUGUUAACAGAAGGUUGCUGGCCGGAUGAAAGAAGGCCAAUAGAAAACCGACAAAAGGCCACCGCUGACUGGAACUUGAUACCACUUACCGUCAGGAAAAUGGAAGAGCCGUGUAGGCCAGUGGUUUGAGAGAAAAGAUUUGUUUGCUCAACUAACCACAGCUAACGUCUCCAAUGUCGUCAAAGCCUUCGGCAUGUUGCUCCUACUUAGCAAUGAAUUGUGAAAGGUGACAGUUCCACCUGCGGAGGCUACCUCAAACCGGACACUCAUGAUUCGAAAGAAAAACUCUGAGAACGCACCGCUAACCAUUCAAGUUAUUGAUGCCGAAGAAGAGCCAAGAGUUCUCCAGGACGUAACACAUUUGAAGCGCACAAGGGUCAAAGAUGUGCCGGGUGAGAGUCGGAGUGACUUCUUUCAGGGUAGGAAGCUGACAAUCUGGAGGGGGUACCUGAAAACGUGGAGUCGCUAGCACCUCACCACGACAACCACGAGUAAAGACUCUUCGGAAGUUGUAUGGGCUUGGGAGGAGUAAUCGCACUGAAGCUAGCAAGUUUGGCCUCAGAUCUUUGCCAGUCAAACCUGGCGUGCCAUUUCCCCGGACAGUGGCAGCUAUACUGCAACCUUUCCGAGUCGGCAGACAUCGUUUACCACCUGAAUUUCAUGCGCAUCCAAAAUGGUCCCGAAAUGAAGGCUUCAAGAGUGACGUGAACAAUCGGCAGCCAGUUGAAUAGUUGGCAGGUUAGCCAACACCAGGAAGCGGGAAUGGGAUGUGAGUCUGUCCACCAAUGGAUUGCAACUAAACCACCAGGCAGCCAUUAGUUUCGCUCUUCGACACGCAACACUGGACACUAGCGAGACGUCUCUAACUGUACUUCAGUUAGAGAGCACUGACCGCAUCCACGCAAAUUCAUUAAGACUACUUGACAAAAUCGACGAGCUGUUAGAAUUAGGUAGUUUUUUAGAUGCUCAUCUAUUUGGUGCGGGACGUGGGUCUCCCCAAGUCUCAGAUCAAGAAAUUGCUGUUCCACACACCUUGUUGUUCAGCAGCGACAGAAUUAAUGGAAAAGGAGGUGGGAAGGCCGUCUACAUUACUUCUCCUCUCGCAGCUAAUCGGGCCAACGACCAAGAAUUCGAUUUCAGUCCUCCAAAAGUCGAUUUCGUAUGCCACGCAUGAGCUGGGGGCGAAGCUGGAUUCUUCAGUCUCACUGAGGAACUUGGAUGAAGCAAAAAUGUGAAGUCAGCAACUGGAUGGGGAAACAAUCAAGCACCUUUCCGUGGAAUCCAUUCUCAUCAACGACAACUUCCCGGUGGAUAACCAGCAAUACUCCAUCCAAGGGGUGAGAAUGAUCACGUCGUUGCCAGGUUUCAGUGAGUCUGCUGUGCAGAGCUGACUUGCCCUGUAAACCAACGUCGCCGUAACUUCCGGCGAACAGACGUUGUAGCCCUUCAAAUGGCUUUGGCAGAAACAGACUGGGAAAUUAACCGUGGUUGGCACGCAAUAAAUAGUCAUUGGAUAUUCAAACGUGACCAAAGCAUGUGCUGUGAGUGAAUCAACCCCACUUUGCCCCCGUAAUGUUGUAAACAACCCAAGGUAUUGCGCAACCACACCUCAGCCCCCUGAGGUGAGAAAGGCAUCACUAGGUCAUACGUGUGGAAAAUGGCUGGGAAUCCGCCUACGAGCGGUUCAAGCAGAGGAAAAAUCUUUGAAGUAGGGUCCUGAGAGAUAACAAACAUGGGUAGCAAUUUCGGCUCAGAAAUAUGGUUGCCUCAAAUCCAAAAAACCUUCUUCGCCACUCGGCCAAGAUGGGAGUUUCUCACUUGGCCGGCCCUUGAGGGGUGACCAACAAUGGCACCAGAGAAGCAGGCACCUAAGUUGACCAAUAUUUACACCCCUCGUCAUCGACUGCAUUCACAAAUUCCAAAGGAUGUCCCACAGAAACAGCACGACCAUCAGCCGAUGGUCUCAGUGUCGGUCGGGUGUAUUGUUUCCUAAUAGUCUUAAGAAGAGGCACAUCCCCUCGUUGCGACAAAAUCAACAAAAGCACACAAGCGUAUCCUUCACACCGCAGGUAUACCCCCCCCCUGUUGUCUGACCCAAAUCAUCAUGCAAAUUAAGCUUAGAACGUAUCCAGAGGCAGUUGAAUAAAGUGGUUCGAGGACCUGAGUCCGAAACAUAUGAAGAGCGACCGGUUGCGUCUGCCCUAUAGAAGGAUGAGGGUCUUCAUAAUGGCUCACAAUAUCUUGAACACCGCUGGAAACCCAAGCCAUCAAUCGCUGAACAUUAGUUUUGGAACCGAUCUUAAAGGACAUGUGCGGAAACUAGGCAUAACACACAGUAGGUUAGAUAUCACAGACAGCCUGAACUCCCUACAAGUUUGUCACCCUUGAGUACUCCGAGUGUGAUCCGGACUACUUUUAAAAGCCGGCUUGGUAGUUAUCUAAGAUGUGGGUGGGGUCUGAUCAGAACUAAUUGAAUUUUUGCGUAUUUUAACGACCAUUUUUCACUUUCUCUUUACUUGGACACUGAUUAAACCCCUCGAGAAGUAGGGACCCACGGAUUCUAGACGCAGAAGCCAGUUAAAUGAAAGCUCCUAUUUCAUCAACAACUAUUUGAAAUCAGAAUACUCUUGGGUGCAGUCUCAAUGUUCGAAUUAAUGUACGCUAGUAAAAAUUUCUCAAUCAAUGUCCAGUCUUAAUACCUAAAUACCUCAAAAAGCCUGAAUUUGGUUAUUAUUUAUGUAGUGUUUCAGUACACCAAUGAGAAGAAGUCCGUCAGGGUCGAAUGUUCGGAACUGUUAACUCAGGUGGCAGAUAUUGCUUUUGACCAUAUAACUGAAGAAGUCAGAGGUACAGUAUAUCCUGGUAAGCUCAGACACAGGGAGGAUGAGUUUAUGUAUAAAAAUGAAAAGACUGGGAAAGUGGAUCACUUUUCGCCAUCAGACAUAGAAUCAGCUCAGUGGAUUGCCCGUGCAACUGGGUUAGGUCAGCGCAUUAAAUUGAAAAACAACUCUUUGCAUCGAUAUGAUGGGUUCGGUAAAACAGAAGAUGAAAAGAUAGGGGUUUUUUCAGGAAGUACUUUUGCGUUGAGAUUGCGAAACGUGAAUUAUGCUAUAAAGGUUACAACUGGGGUGAUGUCGAGUUUGAUGGUAAGUACAGUUUGCAUAAUUUAUUUAAAAAGGUGAUGUUCUUGAGUUUUCGGUAAAAAAUGCAAUGGCUCUCGAGGUCCCACUAAGCAAUGUUGAAAAUACCACUAUGAAUAAAAAUGGAGUUAUUUUUGAAUUUCUCCCGAAUGACGAGGUGGAGAUUUGCCUGUCGGAAAUGCGCUUAUAUACACCUGGAAAUGAAGCUAACAGGCAAGGAAAAGCACCAAUUAUUUAUUCCGGGGUUACUCAGAAGGCAGAUAUCAUUCGGGUUACAGGUGACUUCCUGAUUGAAUUCAAGCAGUUACAAUGUCUUCAACCUCGUGGUCGCUAUGUUGUUGAGUUGUACCCAAGUUUUAUCCACUUACACGGGAAGUCAUUCGAUCUUAAGACGGUCGGCAGAUUUUUUUUGUCGUCCAACUUGACCCACCAAUUAAACAUGGUCAAACAAGAUACCACUUUAAUAUUUUUCUUUUUGACAAAGAUUCCCAUGUUGAUUCAGAAAUGA